UUAAGAGUGAGAAGAAUGUCUAAUUGUUUAUUUUCAGAAACCACAUCAUCAAACACAUCCCUUCUUGGUCCACAACAGGAAUCAUCCUCUAUGACACCCAGAACUAAUGAGACAUCCAGAGAAAAUGCUGGCAUCAAAAUAAACCUAAUGAUUGAUUCAAUUACUAAUGCAUCUGUUGAUGUCAUCAUUAACACCACCAAUAAAAACCUCCAGCUUAACAAUGGUUCUAUCUCCAAAUUUAUUCUCAAAGCUGCUGGCUCAGAGAUGCAAGUUGAAUGUAACCAGAAAUAUCCUCAAGGUAUUUCUACAUCUGAAAUAGCCAUCACUGAAGGCUAUAAACUCAACUGUAAGAAAGUAUUUCAUCUGACAUUACCUUCCUGGGAUGAAGAUUCCUCUGAUUUAAUUCUGGCAAACUUGACUCGAAUAAUAACCAAUUGUCUAAAAAUUGCUGAGAGAAUGAGAGCAAAAAGGCUCGCAUUUCCUAUAUUAGGAGCUGGAAAAUUGAGGUACCCCAUUGAAAAACUACCUGGAAUUAUGUAUGAAGCAGUGAAAAACUACUCAAAUGUAAAUUCAAGCCAGAUCAAAGUUGUAAACUUUGUUGUUUAUCCUCAAGACACAGAAAUAGUAAAG